AGAACCUUGCACCAUGCCUGAGCCGGCCAAGUCCGCGCCCGCCCCGAAGAAGGGCUCCAAGAAGGCGGUGACCAAGGCGCAGAAGAAGGACGGCAAGAAGCGCAAGCGCAGCCGCAAGGAGAGCUACUCGGUCUACGUGUACAAGGUGCUGAAGCAGGUGCACCCCGACACCGGCAUCUCGUCCAAGGCCAUGGGCAUCAUGAACUCCUUCGUCAACGACAUCUUCGAGCGCAUCGCGGGCGAGGCGUCGCGCCUGGCGCAUUACAACAAGCGCUCGACCAUCACGUCGCGGGAGAUCCAGACGGCCGUGCGCCUGCUGCUGCCCGGCGAGCUGGCCAAGCACGCCGUGUCCGAGGGCACCAAGGCCGUCACCAAGUACACCAGCUCCAAGUAGACGCGCAAGUAAGCGGCUUGUCUCCUACCCCAAAGGCUCUUUUCAGAGCCACUCA